CCUCGACACACGCGCGCAAACACGCGCACGCGCUUAAUACCGCAGACAUCAAACUGUGUAGAAACGGUGGUGGAGAGGUCAUUGAAUUUAUCAGGCAUCUCGAGUUGCAUUUUCUGUUUUUGAUUUUGAUAAAGACAGAACGGAGAAGAGAAAGGAUGUCUGGGGAUUUGCCGCUGAACAUCAACAUUAAGGAGCCACAGUGGGACCAGAGUACGUUUAUGGGCAGAGCUCAGCAUUUCUUCACAGUGACCGACCCAAGAAAUGUGCUGCUCUCCAACGAGGUUCUGGAGGGUGCGCGAGUCAUUGUGGAGGAUUACAGGAAAGGAAUUGUGAAACCAGGCCUGACAGAGGAUCAACUAUGGAGGGCCAAAUACAUCUAUGACUCUGCCUUCCAUCCUGAUACUGGUGAGAAGAUGCUGCUGAUUGGUCGCAUGUCUGCACAAGUGCCAAUGAACAUGACCAUCACAGGCUGCAUGCUCACGUUCUAUAGGACAACUCCUGCAGUUGUGUUCUGGCAGUGGGUCAACCAGUCCUUCAAUGCCAUCGUCAACUACACAAACCGCAGUGGAGAUGCACCAAUAUCUGUAAAUCAGCUUGGAGCAGCCUAUGUCAGUGCUACAACUGGAGCUGUAAUUACUGCUCUUGGCCUCAAAUCCCUAACCAAGCACCUGCCAGCUAUUAUCGGCCGGUUUGUUCCAUUUGCUGCAGUGGCAGCAGCAAACUGCAUUAACAUUCCCUUCAUGAGACAACGGGAACUGAAGUACGGUAUUCCAGUCACUGAUGAGGAGGGUAAUCGCCUGGGAGAAUCUGCCAGUGCUGCUCAGCAGGCCAUUAUACAGGUGGUGGUGUCCCGAAUCGGCAUGGCAGUACCAGCCAUGGCUAUUCCUCCGGUUAUCAUGAAUGCCUUGGAGAAAAAAGCUUUCAUGAAGCGCUUCCCAGUGCUCAAUGCCCCAGUACAAGUUGGGCUUGUGGGAUUAUGUCUGGUGUUUGCUACUCCGUUGUGCUGUGCCCUAUUCCCACAGAAGAGCUCUAUGAAGCUGAGCAGGCUGGAGCCUGACCUGCAGGAGAGUAUACGACAGAGCAGUCCUAACACAACCGUGGUUUAUUUCAACAAGGGCUUGUAGAGAACUUUUCUUCAAGUCCAAAUGGUUGUCUGUAUUUUGCUGAGUUCAGUGGACACAACUUGAAGAGUAAAUAUCCAGUUUCUUUUUUUUGUUUUAGUUUUCUGUUUAAAAAUGAAGUGUGUUGCAAAACCUGCACUUUCCCUCAAGAUAACAUGCAAUCCUGACUGAUGUUUAUCUAAAGCAGAUAAUACUAUGAGGAUGUUGGAGGAUUUUUAUUACUGCUGCAUUUAUGAUCUGACCCCUUAUGUGCUAAUAACAAUGUGUGGAGUCCCAAAUUAUUUUUUCACGUGAAUUCUAUUUAUCAUUAUUUAUUUCUAUUUGCAAAAAUACUUGACGUGUGUAUUUGUUAGUGUGUUUAGACCUACAAUAUUUAUACCUAACUUUCCAGACCAAACAUCUGUCCACAGCUUAAUGACAAGAAAUGGCCUAGAAGAAUCAAUUUUGAGUCGUGGGAUUAUUUUUAGCUAGUUCAAAAGGUUUUAUCUCCAGUAUGUGCAAUUGAAGUGCUCUUAAUCCUUACAGAACUGACCUAAUAGACUCCAGUGGAUAGGAAAGUUGAGAUGUAUACACACUUCUUUAUCAGUAGUUUACGUGGACAACAAUAAUCCGAUAUUAACCCGAUGAAGACAAUACUCUGAUUAAGAAAUUAGCAUGUAAACAGUGAUUAUUGAUGACCUUAAUCCCUCUAAAGUCAUUCCCGAAGUAAACACAAAUCGAAUUAAGACGUGGAGUAUUCCUGUUUUAGUCGCAUUAUCGAGGUGUAUUACAGACAUGUAAACACCUUAAUCACAUUAUUAAUGUUAUGUGGGAGUUUUCAACACAUUUUGCGACAUGACACGAUCACACACAACAGGGCUCAACUGUUUGAUGGCAAACGAGAGCACGGCUGUGUCCGAAACCACGUACGUACCUACUAUAUAAGGAGGUUAAAUACACGUAUUUCAGCUACUAUAUAGACGGUAAGUACGUGGUUUCGGACGCAGCCCACGGCUUCAAGCAGUCGUCUAUUUGCACGUACAGCAUGACAAAUAAUUAACCGCACUUGAAGGUUUCGUAAAAUGAAAAAUGAAACACCCAAAACUGUAUACGGUACCAUAACGAAGACCAACUGUAUCUUGAUACGUGAAAUUCUGGAGGGAACAUCGGACGGUGUGGCGUGGUGACAUAAUGACGUGUGAUGUUAAUUGAUCUAUGUUCUAUAACAUGUAAAACAGGUACAUGAAAGGAAUAUUCUAAAAUCAACUCAUGUAAACACCUUAAACACAAUAUUGUCUUAUUCAGAAUAAGGUCAAUAAUUAGAUUACUGCUGUCCAUGUAAACGUGGUCUAUAAAUGAAUCCAGAUCUAAACUUUUUGGUGAUUGAUUGGUCAGUGUGUGUAUCCUAAGCCUUGUGUGGUUUUUAACUAAUAUGAGUGGUGCAUAUUUUAUUUAUAUAUAUAUAUAUAU